AUGCUGGGGCUGCUGCUGCUGCAGGUGUUGAACGCAGCCAGCAUCUGCCAGGUCUAUGCAAACAAAUAUCGCUUUGCCACCCUGUAUGACAGAAACAGGAGAAUUCCAGUGUACUCUGCUUAUAAAUACCAGCCUGGAAAUGGCAGCAGAUCUGACUCGUGGUUUGUUGAGCCCCAGGAGGGGCAUGUCUAUGAUUUCUCUCUGAUUCAUCUAUUUUCCUGCAUUGAGAUGACAAAAAAUGGGGUUCUGACAAUCAGAGAUGUUUGCUCCAGGGUAAUCUGUUUCAUUCCAUGCAUCCUCAGUACUGACACCUUUUCCUCUUACCAUUUCAAGCUGGUCAACAAAGAUUAUCGCAAGGAUAUGCAGACAGAAGAUUCCAUCAUACGACAGUACAAUACCAGUGCAAACGAAAUUGGCAAGAAUCAGGCUAUUGACAAUGACUACAUGAACCUAACGAAUCUGGACCGUGGUCACUUGUGUCCCAGUAGUCACCAAAUUGACGACGACAGCAGGACAGCAACUUUCACCCUCACCAACAUAGUGCCACAGGACAGAACACUGAACCAGCAUGCCUGGAGAGAGUACGAGGAAGGAAUGAUGCAGAAGAGCAGGGGCUGUACAACCACAUAUGUUAUCACGGGUGCUGUACAUGGGGACACCAACGUCCCCAGUGGGAGGGUUAAUAUACCCAGCCACAUCUGGUCAGCUGCCUGCUGUGUGAAGGGCAAAAAGCCCUUGAGAUCUUGGGGGGCCAUUGCUAAGAACAAUGAGAACGUUGUGCAGAACCUAACUCUAGUGAGGCUGGAGAAAUGGCUGGAAAAACUCUAUAAUGGAGGGGUUAUUCUGUUCAACAAUUCCUGUACCUAGGAAUAAGCCUCACAUCCUUGAUGGAAAAGGCUCAGGAGCUUUCCCCACCUGUCACAGAAUCACAAAUUCACAGAAUGGGUUGGUUUUG